AUGGAUUCCCUCGACCUCAACGUCCAUUCGGCUAUAUUGACCUCACUGGCUCAGUGCUAUGCCACGUCUUCACCAAACGAUGAACCGGUUGCCAUACUUACGAAACUUUCGGCGUUGAGCCUGAGCAAUGGGACCACUAAGGAUUCUGAUACUGGCGAUCAACAUUCCAGUCAACCAGAAACCUUCUCCAAUGCGGCAUCAUCCGUCGAAAUAAAAAUUACCGAUUCUCAAGCCCAUUAUGUGGUUGCAUAUGCUGCUUACAUUUCGCAAUCAGCUGUCUCGCGGACCUCAAUUUCUUCAGUUGAAAUUCAACGGCUUUGUGAUAUGAUCCGGAACCUAGGUUGCUGGUCUAUCGAACUCAACCUCAGUACGGAGAACGCAGCAGAAUGGCCUAUUGUCGACGAGAUUACAUAUCGCUUGGUAUUGGCCAUGUUGGAGAUCGGCGUGCUGGCUAAGCCUUUGGACAGAGAGAAGCUCGUCGGUGCAUUAUGCGCUUUCAUUUCUGAACUUGGGAUCGGAUUAUCCAACGGAUCACCUAUUCGCAUCGUAACCCACUUUCUACCAUCGCUGUCUGGCCUGAGACGCGCCCUUGGAUCAGGUUUUUUCCCAUUCACCACAACUCACCUCAACCAACUAUUCUCGUCAACCGUCAACUGCCCAUUCUUUCCACUUUCUGCACAAUCGAAGGAGCAUAUCGAAUCGGCGCUCGCGGCUUCCUCCGAAAGUAACCUAACCGAUUAUUAUCGCCAACAAAUCGACCAUUUCAAGGCUAGAUAUUUUAUGAUUGGGUUUCCGCUUUCACCAAGCAUGAUUGUUUUUGCCGGAUUGCAGCAAUUCCGAAAUUGUCUUGAGCAGUGUCUUAUUUCUGUUGACCUGGCGUCAUCGACUGAGGAUUCGGAAACAGAAUCUAAUGACGGCGGAUGGACUCAUCUCAAACAUUCAGCUAGCGCGAAAACGGGGAUUGGCUUCAGCUCGGACACAGUUCAUGAUAUAAACUCGAAAAUGACUGUUCUAUUUGAAGAUUAUUACAGUCUCUAUCAAGAAGAAUUAGAUACCGGAAGUCCUGACGAUUAUACUAUCAAAAUUAUUUGCGAAAUCAUCAAGCUUUCGUCUGUUUGCGCCGUUAUUCUGGACAAUGUUUCGGAUCAAGUGUUCGAUCAAAUGUUGACACUGCAUACUGAAGAGGCUAUCAUUUUCCACCCUGCUAUCCAAUUCGCAGCAUCGGAGUCACUCAUUGUGCUGGCCCGCAACUUCCCGGACUUACUCGAUAGAAUCACGGAAACCUUGCGCGCCUAUGUUUCCUCCACAAUCCCUCCGACCGAAAUGGAUGCAAACCACGGCGAUGAAGCUCCCCAAGCGGUGCUUGCUGCUGCACACGCAUUGGCCGUAUGCCUCGAGCUCAAGAAUUCUCCGGACUUCACGAAAGCUGCGAUUUACGCCCUCCUCAAUCAUGUCAACACCACUCAGGUCGAUCUCACCUUGCAAAGGCCUACCAACGUGGAAAUGACGCCACCCCUUCAGACUUCCUCCAAAGAACAGGCAGAAUCUGUUUCCCUCGAUAAUCAGCAGCUUGUCUCAAUGAACGCCCUCGGCACAUUAUUGAUUCUAUUAGAAAAAGCGGAUCAAGUCGAGUUGAAUUCAACCAUAGCGCCAAUGCUCCUCCUCUGUCUGAAAGGCGCUAGCUCAAACUUGGAAGCCGCCAUCCUAAACGUUGUAGCGGAUUUGGCUGUUCAUGUCAACCAGCAGACUUUCGAAGAUGUGAUUUCUACCUUUACAUCUCUUACGAAAACGGCAGGCGUAGAGCUCGGGACAACCGAUUCGAAAGAAGUCUUUCAGCUUGGAAUUUUCCGCGCUCAAGCUAAGCUUUCGAAGAACUUGUGUGAAAAAGAAGACUUCAGCGAGAUUUACUUGAUAGAGCUGUUGACGUUGUUUAUUGACAAGGGCCAAGCAAUUCAGAGCUCCCAUGCUGGUCUACCUAGCUUUCCUCAUCUUAUAAACCAGCUUGCUGUGCUAGCACCCCUCAUAGCAAAUCUUCUACAGCCUGAUAGCACUUAUAAUCCUAGGAAGACCGCUUCGUUGAAGAUCUCGGAAUUAUUCCGAAAUUUUUGGUAUGUUUGUGUCAUGUUCGGCUUCCUCUCAUCAACCAGCUCCCCCAGGGCAAUAGUCGGUAGUGCAUCAGGAUCUCCGGAUUGGCUGAUCGAAAGUCUCCGGCAAAUCGCUACGAAAUCGCCCACCUUGACCCACUUGACAUCAAUAAACUACCUGACUACCGAGCUUGAUUUCAACCCAAUCUUGAAAUUCCCUGAUCCUGUAUUAACAACACCAUCCAAGUCCAAGCAAAACCAUGCUCACGUUCCAAGCCCACACCAGAUAGCGUUGGAUCAGGCUAAGAAGCAGGAACUAGCCAGCUUGAUCCCUACUCAUUCCGGACAGAUCAAAAGUUUAAAUUUUAUACAGACGAUAUUUCUUUUGACGACUACUCGGCUUGAAAUCUUCCGCGCCGAAGAUUGUAGGGCUUCCAACAUAUUGGAAUACUUCAGUCAUGUUAGUCCUGAUGAAGUUGAUGUCCACAAUCUCUUCGGGUGCCUGGUCACGAUAUCUGAAAAAGUUCUUGGCGCAUUUGUUAGCUCAUUCCAGCAGCACGCCAUCAGACAUACGGCAGUUCCGCAUGCCCAUGAUCAAAUCCCUGAAAUCCUGAAGUUCACGUGCCAUCAUUCAACUCGGAUUCGGGGAAUUGCCUUGAGAUACUGUCAAGAUAUGAUCAUCGCGUUUCCAACUCUAGUCUGCGACUUCGAUACUGUGCUCAUUAUGCUGGAGUUAAUAACUUUGCUGAGAGUUUCGUGCGAAGGCGAAUACGAGGAUGAGUAUUCUCCCAAAUACGAAUUUUACUCCGAGAGAGCUGAUCUCACAAUUCAAUUGAUUGACGAUUAUGCCGUUCGUCAGCAAAUUCUCAACGAUCUCUGUCGAUCGGUUAAAAACUGGUUAUCUAUCGCGUUGGCUCGUGCACCUUUGGAAAUGAAGAGCAUAUUCUUGAGAUACUUGGAUGCUGUUACGUCUCCCAUCUCGAUGAAUCCGAUGGGUAACAUUGAGAUGGGCAAAUCGAUCGCACUGGAAAUGGCCAAGAUGAUACCAUCCAAUUCGCAGUUGUCUCAUUUACCAUCGUGGGGAAACUGGGCUCCCGAUUUAUCAAGCGAUCUCGCGCGUUCGUUUUCAAACAGGAUGUUCUACAAUGGACAAGCCAUCCAUCUUUCUUCGCUCCCGGAUAAUGAAUGUCAGGCUCGCUUGGAGGAAUGCCGAGCUGAACUGAAACAGAUCAUGAAACAAAUCACAUCUGGCGGGAAGAAGACUUCGAUAACCCAAUUAUCAAGUGCUCUCUACCGGGCUGGUUCUCAUGUGAUCGCCAGUCCCAAGCCGGAUCUCGAACUGUUACAGCGCUUGGUUUCUCUUCCUAUCAGAAUGUUUACCCCGUUGUCGGUCUCACUAGGUCUGGAAGUGUGGACUUGGUUGAUUGAUGUGAAGCCUGAAGUCCAAAUCAAGUUGAUCGCUGAGGUCAUGACCAUGUGGAAUUGGACGCACCGUCAACGAAAAGGACUCUUCUCCAACUCUUUGAAUUCGAAGAACCCGUUGAAUCAAAGUAUCCAAUUCAAUCCUACCGAUCGAGACGAGAUGCACCACCAUCUUAAUUCGAUCAAGAGGAUGCUCAAGCCUCAUAGCAUUAUGCUCGACUUUCUCUCGAGCAGGUUCCAAGCUGCCCGUUAUCAAAAUCGCAGUUUGGUGAUGGCCACCAUGCAAUUCUUGCGGAAAUCUUUCGAACAUGUUUCCGAUUGGUGUAAACAUCCCUUGAGCAGGGAGUUGCGGAUUCGAAUGCUAAUCUUUGGCUUUAGCAUAUGCCAGGGUAGUCGAAUGGAAGAUAACGUGGAACACCUGUUGCGGGAUUUAUGCUACCACGCUUCGUUUGAUUGGUUCAGUUUGACCAGCAGUUUUGGUUUUGGGCCAAACCGUUUGCAGCAUGAAUCCGAACUCCGCUUGCUCCAAGAGCUAUUGGAAAUGGUGAAGGUUGACGUACCGGUCAACGCAUAUCACCUCUCUAGCAUGGAUUUGAAGGCCAAUCUUCGCUUGCUCCCAGGCCGCUUGAGCCCCUCGGCAGCAUCCCUGGCUCACACCGAUCGCAAUCGACUCCUUCAACUGUUUUUGGAGAACGAGAUUCUACGCUUGAUGGUUUGGCAUAAUCCUUUGAACGAUUCGAAGAAGGGGAAGGACGUAGAGGCCAAUAUAUCAAAGUUAAAGGGAGAAUCGGAAGUAAAAUUAAUGGUUCAAACCGCUUGGUCCAUUAACCCACAUCUGGCGUUGAGGUUGGCCGAACGGUUCAAAAAUAUUCACAUCGAAGAAGAAACUCGUUCUCUGGUCAAAAAGUUUCCACACCAAGCUCGGAAAGUCCCAGAAGCUUUAGAUUAUUUUGCCCAACAGUUUGACCCAUCAAUCAUUCCCAAUUUACACCAAAUCUUAUACUGGAAGAAAACUCCGGUAAUGACUGCGCUCACCUACUUUCUGCCUCAGUAUGACAGCGAUCCUGUCCUGUUACAAUAUGCUAUGAGGGUGCUGGAAGAGCACCCUGUCGAUGUCACAUUCUUUUACAUUCCGCAAGUCGUCCAGGCCUUGCGCACAGAUACUUUGGGAUAUGUCGAACGGUUUAUUUGCGAGACUGCUCAAGUUUCUCAGCUUUUCUGCCACCAAAUUAUCUGGAACAUGAAAGCCAACACUUAUAAAGGAGAUGAUGCGACCGAGGCCGAUUCUUUAAAACCCACAUUAGAUAGGAUCAUGGAAUCAAUCAUCGGCUCUUUGUCAGGCGAGGCAAAAACGUUUUAUGAGACCGAGUUCUCGUUUUUCGAUGAAGUAACCAGUAUUUCCAAGACGCUGAAAGACUAUCUCAAAAAGGACAAAGCCGAAAAAAAAGCAAAAAUCGCUGAGGAGUUGGCCAAGAUCAAAUUGCUCAAAGGUGUCUAUUUGCCUAGUAAUCCUGAUGGGACGGUUGUGGAUAUUGAUCGCACCUCUGGCCGCCCUCUGCAAAGCCAUGCAAAGACGCCAUUCAUGGCGACGUUCAAAGUUCUCAGGGAAAAAACGGUCCAUCUCGACGAUGAUGGUAACGAUGUUGAAGAAAGCCAGGACGUAACUAAAUCUGUCGAAACUUGGCAGGCAGCAAUCUUCAAGGUUGGCGAUGACUGUCGCCAAGAUGUCUUAGCCUUGCAACUGAUUGCUAUCCACAAAACGAUGUAUGAGAGUAUGUGCGUCGAUCUUCAUCUCGUACCGUACAGAGUUACCGCGACGGCACCCGGAUGUGGAGUAAUUGAUGUGAUUCCUGAUGCAACCUCACGUGACGAGAUGGGUCGUGCGAAGAUCAACGACUUGACCUCCUUUUUCAUCGGCAAGUUUGGCCCAGUAGAAUCGAUUGGUUUUCAAACGGCACGAAUGAAUUUCAUUCGCUCGAUGGCAGCCUAUUCAGUAAUGUGCUAUCUGAUCCAGAUCAAAGACCGACACAAUGGAAAUAUCAUGAUUGAUGGACAAGGGCACAUCACUCACAUCGAUUUCGGCUUUCUAUUUGACAUCGGUCCUGGCGGGAUUAAAUUUGAGCCGAACUCAUUCAAGCUGACGGGCGAGAUGAUCGCGUUGAUGGGCGGACAGAAUUCGGCUGGCUUCCGGGCUUUCCAAGAAUUGGUCGUCAAGGGAUUCCUGAUCUCUAGACCGUUUUUCAAGGAGAUCGUCACAUGUGUGAAGCUGAUGAGCGACACCCAGCUCCCUUCUUUCAAGGGCGAAUCCACAAUCACGAAAUUCAUCGAGCGCUUCAAACCUAACUUAUCCGACCGAGAGGCCGCUAUCUUUAUGCAAUCCGUUAUUGCUAAUGCUAAGCAAAACGGUCUCUCUUUACUAUACGACGAGUUUCAAUGGGUGACCAAUGAGAUUCCUUACACCCAAAAAGAUUGGAUAACAAGGCCAAGUUAA